AUGACUCAAGAGCUUAGUGUUUCUGAAUUUUUCGAACUUACGUUCGGGCCAGCUCCAAUAGAAUUAGAUCUUACUAGUUUUGUCACCGAAGAAUUGACCAAUGAAUUAUUUUUCUCAAUCAUUAAGCCUUCGUUGGGAAUGUCAAAUCCAAGUGGGAUUUUUCGCAAUUUGUUUCCAUACAUUUUUGAUACUAUCAGUAGAACCGUUUCGCUUACUAGACUAGUCAAUUGCAUUCAAGAGUUUACUGAAAAAUACGGAGGUGAUGACCCGAGUAACGUUCUUCAACGUUUGGUAGAUUGCACAGGCAGAGACUUCCUCAUUGCGUUUCUUGACAAGAUCCCAGAAAAAUCUCUCCGUAAAAUUCUUCCCAUGAUUGUUGCUUCUAAUAUACCUAUUCCUAUAUUCCUUCCAAAUGAUACUAUUCAUUCUGAUAAAGGCCUUAGAAUCCUUAACGGAUUAUAUAAUGUUAUGACUGCUCGCAAAUAUCAUCUCUUUCUUUCUGUGAAUUCACCAAAUCAUGACCUAGGAGUGCCAUUCUCAAAACAGCUUUACAAAAACUUCUCCAAUCAUCGUGAAGAUUUUUCAAGCAUUUGUAAUCCUGGUUCAAUUGAUAUCUCUUUUCACGAUGCAUCCGAGAAUCAUUCCCGUCCACCAUUGGCAAUCGCAGAAGUUUAUUUUGAUGAGACCAAUUCAUCUACGUUCUGUGAUGUUAUGAAAAGUCUCUCUCAAUAUGCUUUUUACACCGUGAUCCAUGUUUCUCAUAAUGACUUUUAUGAUAGUGAACCAGGUGAAAAACUGAUAACAAUUAUCAAUAAUAUCGACGUGGAAAGCUACAGUAACCAUCGACGUAGAAUUUUGAUCAUGUUUUGGGAACCGAACAAGGCUGACAUUAAAUUUAGUCAUCGUAAAAAAAGAAUGGAUGAUAUCCUAUCCAAUAAAUUUAUUAAUGAUGAUAUUUCUUAUGAUUAUGUCAUUAAUAACAAGAGAAAUCCAACGUUUGAGAAAAUCAAAAAGGACUCAUCCCAGAAACUUAGAGAUACUCCAGAACUUUAUUUGCAACCAACUUUCUUCAAAUCCUUUGAUCAUGCUUAUAACGAUAUGAAUAAAAAUCAAUUUGCAAUAUUAAUUGCACAAUCAGAAUUUAAUUUUCGAGCAGACAUAUUCCAGGCCUCCCAUUGUUCAAACAUGAUUGAAAUGCUUAAGGAUAAAACUCGUCUAAAAACUUUUGAGGAUCAUAAAGAUUAUAGAACGGAGAACGAAAUUAAUUCUGAAAUUGUAAAGUUUCAAGAUCAGCAAAAGAACAUUGUUGAUCAAAUUCCUGCUCUUUCACAUUUUGCACAAAUAAUCAGAAAAAAUAGUAUUUGUGAGAUGCGUGAAUUUGCUCAGCAGGUAGACACAUACUUUAAAACACAUCUCUAUGAUUUGGCUCAAAAAGAUCAUGUUGGUACUCAUAGAGAAGAGAUUAAGCAGAAAAUAGAAGACAGAGAUAUAACGAUUCAUGAUUUUUGGAGAGAGUUUAUUAUUAUGUCUAAAAUAAAACAAUGGGAUGAUCAUUUAACGAUCUUAGAGGCGAUAUAUGGUCUCAAAGUUAAAGAACUUGAAAACGGAUACAGAACCUGGAUUUGUGAGAGUGAAUCGAUUCAGAUUUUGGAAGGCAUAUCUCUUAGAACACUGGAUGUUGAUUUUCUUUCAGCAGUUUUAAGUAACAUUAUGUCUGAUAAUAAACGACAGUUGAUUGUUCUUUCAGUUAUUGGACUUGAAAGUUCUGGAAAAUCUACAUUAUUGAAUUAUUUGUUUCAAUGUGGAUUUUCUACAUCUGCUGGAAGAUGGCAUACCAUUUAUAGUGGAAAAGAAUUAGAUGUUCUUAUCAUAGAUUCUGAGGGAAUGGGUUCUACUGCCCAGAAAUACAUCUCAAGACGCACAGAUUUUGAUAAAAAAAUGACUCUUUUGGCCUUAAUGUGCUCACAAAUCUUAAUUGUUAAUACUAAAGGUCUCACACGUGAUAUUUCUGAUAUUCUUGAGGUAUCUUCUUAUCAUCUGGAUGCUCUCAGCCAACGGGAUUCUAAGCCAAGAAUAAAUUUUGUAUUACGUGACAUGAAAGAUGCCAGAAGUGCUCAGGGUCCAGCAUUUCGUGAUAUAAGGGAAAAUUUACGAAAGAUGUUUCAAGAAAUUCCAGGAUGUGCAUUUGAUAUGGAAGACUUUAUGAUUGUUGAAGAAAAGGAUGUUCACCUGCUUGAAAAUGCCUUUUCUUGCUCAUUUGAUGAUUUUAAUCCACAAUCUAUGAUUACUAAUAAUGAUAACUUUCAUUUUCCUGCGGAAACUUUUCCAUUAAAAAUAUCUAACCUCCGAGAAGAAUUACUUACAUCAGCAUUGAUUCCAAGUGAAAAUCAUGAGUCACAAAUUUUUAAAAAUGUGCAUGGUUUUAUUGCGCAUAUGCAGUCUAUUUGGAAAGAAAUUGAUGCGCGUGGGAAUUUUCUUCAUUUUAAAAAUUCUAAAGAUAUACAACAAUGGAAUGCAAUGAAAAAGAUUGUCAGUAGCUAUGAAGAGACUUUAUUAGAAUCCUACAAAGUAGCUGGGUUAAAAUUAAUAGAUGAACGAACUGAAUUGAAUCAAUGGACCAAAAAUGAUGAUAUAAUGUUUGAAAAGUGUCUUGAUCAAGAAACCAACAAAUAUCUCUCUCAAGCACUUGCUGAUUUUCGGCUAAAAGUCUCCAAUCAAUAUAAUCCUAAAAUAAUUGAUGAAGGUAUUACUCAUAUCAAUUCAGCAUUCUUUUUGGAAAAACGAAAUCUUGAGGCAAGAUAUACAAAAAGGCAGCGACAAUCCAAAGAAUCCCAGUUAAUUAAAUUGGCUAAAGACAAAAUCGGUGAGGCUGUUGGAAAAAUCCUUGAGGAAAAUAAGGAUAAAACUCCUGAGGAUUUUGAAAAAAUCUUUUCUAAGUCUAAACGUGAUGAAUUGUUUGAUAUUGAAUGGAAAAAGAUAGAAGAAGACCAUCAAGCUUUUAUGCUUACUAUGAUAAUGGAAACAAAAAAACUUGAAGAGCAUGUGGUCCAAUUUUUUAAUCAGGCCAUAGAAGAUGGAACCAGCAAAAUAAGUGAUGAGAAUAAACCAAGAGAAAAGUUCAAUCGAAGGUUUUGGAACACACUUGUAAAGCCAGCAACUUUGGUUAAAUCCGAUCCUUUAGAUGAUCAACAAUUUUUAGAAUGUAUUAAGAUAAAAGGUCAAGCUCUGCUCGGAAAAGCAAAGGAUGUAUUAGAAUACACUACUGGAUAUCAAACUUCUGAAAAAAACAAGCUAAAGAAUAUUGUAGGAAAUGUUAUUAAAACUGAAAUAAAAAAAACCAGCAAACAAAUAUGUAAUGAACUUAAAGAUAAUAAUGUCUUAGCAAUCGAAUUCAGUCAAGCAUUAGAGUGGCUUAAACGAUUAUGUGAUAAUAUUUUUAUUGUCAUAGUAAAUAAUUAUAAUAAACCUCAAGAUAAUUUUACCAUCGAAAUCGAUAAUUUUUGCUAUGCUGAGCAAUAUUUGCGCCUUCAAGUUUUCAUAAUAUUGGAAGAAAAUACUACAAGAUGGAAGCAAAAACAACAAAAAAAUCUUAAAAAGCUUAAUGAUGAAAUGCUAACCCUUUUUCAUAAUGUACUAAGCAAUUCCACUUAUGAGAAUAUUUCUUAUCAAUUUUAUAAGUAUAUUUCUCAAGUUGUAGAAGAAAAGCUAGAUGCUCAAGGAGAUAUUAUAUCUGAAAUUCUUGAGCGCUAUGUAGAAACCAAAUGGAUAUUUGAUAAGAACCCUACUCGUGUUGCUUAUGAGAAAAGCUUUGGUUCUUAUGAUGUUUCCAAAUGUCGCCAAUAUGUGGAUAGCCCAACCUCAUUUAUGAGAUUAUUAUUUGAGGAUGAUUUAGAAGCUUUUAAGGAUAUAAAAAUAGAUAUGCUAGUUGAGAAUGUUGAAAAAGCUAUAUUUACUUCUUGGGAAGAGCUUGAAAAGUCUAUAGCUAGUUGGGAGCAACAUUUUUUGUCAAGUCAAAAUAUUACUUUAAAGCAAAUUUUACAAAGAGCAAAUGGAAUGGCUGUGGAAGAGUUGGUGGAAAAUGCAUCCCGUCUUCUUGGAAAGUGUGUUAUCAAGUCUCCUGUAGAAUUUUUUGUAGUUUUAAAAGAUGAACAUAAUAAAAGCUUAGACACAUUUGUAAAGCAUUGGAAAGAAAAUGGCAUUUCUAAUUGUAAAGAGUUACUGAGAAGGCAAAUCAGUAGCAAUAAAGACUAUUAUUGGUAUAAGGCUGAAGGGUGUACUCAUAGGUGCCCAUUAUGUGGAUCCAAAUGUGAAUUAGCAAAACAUGAUCCUGGAACACAUCAUGUAGCGUCAUUUCAUUUAAUGGUUUGCUUCAAUGGUUGGAGAAAUUCAGAUACACAUAUAGCAACAUUGAAAAUAUGUAGUGAACCAGCAGCUCAUGACUCUUAUUGGAUAACUUGUAAAGAAAAAGAAAAAGAACCUCUAAUACUUGAGAAAUUUAUGAAGAAACAUUAUCCAGAUUGGUGGCCAUUAGACCAAAUAGAUCCUGCUAAUGAUCAAUUAAUGCAAGUCCGAGCUAUGUGGAUGCACAUGAAAGAUGAAUUAUGUAAAAAGUGGGAUAUGAAGGAUGUCACUCCUGAAAAUUGGUUUGAUGCUUAUUAUCAUUUAUUUAAAUAA